AUGUCCAACUCCAGCUCCACCUUCCAAUCAUUCAGCACAUCCUACUCGUCGAGCUCCGUCAACGGACAGACCAAGUCGCACAGCGAGAGCACAUACUCCGACCCCAACGGUACUCGAGUGCACCGCACAACACAGAAUCUUGGCGAAGUGGCCCGUGAAGAGCGCUUCGAGGUCGACAAUGCUGGACUCAGGGUUGAGAGUGCAGGCACUGGAAACGCACGGAAGAUUGAAGAUGUGACGGAAGAGGAAAAUCAGAAGAAGAACGAAAGGAAGUAUGAGGAGAGAAUGGAAGACGAGUAUGCAAAGAGGGAGGGUGGUGCUUAA